AUAGUAUACAUAGUAGACUGUUCAUUGUACUUAGCAAGUUACCGCGGCGCCUGACGGCUGCGGUGACGGCUGACGGGACAGUGUGUGCGUGUGGAGUGUCCGCCGAGUUUGUGUUGGUUCAGCCUGUACACGCAGUGAGCGCUCAGAGGCAAAAUGGCGAGCGCACUGACAGACCGCGACAGUAGUCCCGUGGCGCGCCUCGAGUACUCGCGCGACGCGCCUUCAAGCAGGCCGCUGCUACUGUCAUGUGAAUCUCUACUGUAAGUGCGGUGCCUCGGUGCGGUCUGUGCAUGCUGCGCACCUCGGAUCGCAAUCAUCAGACGCCACUGCUACAGCCGUGCCCUUUGUUUUUUCGCGUUCUGCUCGACGCUUUCGCCUCGAGUUUCGCACGGUGAGCUUCUUCUGUAUAGUGCAUACUUAUAUAGGUGCAGAGGAUUCCGAUGACGCGAUGACGCUACACUGGUGGAUGCAUUGGUUCUGGGUUACGGCGCAAAUUGUCGUAUCCCUGAUGGCCGGCUCGAGAGGAGCGACAUCGGAGCCGCCUACGAGCGCAGUCGGCAGCGUCGCAGUCGCGAGCGAGGCCAUGCCCUUGGCGCGUUCGGCCGGCAGUCCAGCGGCAGCCACGGGGACACGAGACGGCCAGUACGAGAGGACGGAGGCGCUGGCCAGGCUGCAGCAGAGCUACAGAAUAGCCAAGGCCAUCGGCAUCCAGCCGACGCCGGCGAGCCAGUCCGACACGAGAUCGAGCUCGGACGAGAGGACGUCGACGCAGCCCGGGCGGACUCCGGGCAAGAAGGAGACCAAGAUCACGUGGAUCCAGGCGUUCAGCAAGGCCCCGAGGCCCGAGAGCUCCUCGCCCGAGCCGCCGACGUCCGGGGAAGAGCUGCUGACGGUGAUGCCGCUGCGCGAGCUGCUCGAGCUGCGCGAGGACCCCCGCAAGAACGCCGUCCGCAGGGAGCAGCCGCAGCUGCCGCCGGCCAAUCGCUCCGGCGAGGAGAGCCUGGAGCCGCGCGCGCUCGCCACCGCUGCCUCCAUCAUCGAGGGUAUCUGGCCUGGUCGACUCGACGAGGCUGGGCCGCGCCAGGGGCACCUUCACCAGCGGAUUCCAACGAGAGCAGCUCGCGCGAGAGGAGCGGAACCAGGAGGAGGCGACGGGGGCCACUGCGACCGGCUCCGGCGCGAGCGCCACGGAGAUCGCCACCAUCACCGGAGCCUCUCUGGCAAUAGUCGUGCUUUUGAGCACGCUCGGAAGUUUGGCUUUCGUCGUCUACAGCCGCGAUUCCUCGAGUGGCUCACCCGAUUUUUCUGCUUGUUGCGCGCUGCCUCUGUACAGGAGGAGAUAUCUGAACCCGCCGCAGACGCUCAACAGCGACAAGUGCAGCAAUCCCGACAGCUCGGGUUACAUCGACGACUCUACGAUUCGGGACAACUCCGAGGAGAUGUACAGCCUGGACAACGACUCCUUCCUGAAUUCGCUCGAGGCGAUGACCAUCCAGAACUACUGGACCGACAGCGUCAAGCACACGAAGCUAUGACGAAUCGCCAGCUUCCGCAUCGAGUGAACGCAUAGCCUCGCUUGAAAAAGAGUUCAUUUGUUACACUUACGCGUGCUCCUGGUGAUCACGAUAACACACACACACACACACAGACACACGCGCAGCAUGUAUUGUAGACGAGUUUAUAGCUUCGAGUCUUACACCUAUUAUGUAUAGCGGGAGGACGAAUAAGUGCGUGGGAGAGAGGAGUGCAAUAAUUUAAUGUACUUGACUAUUCUAAUUUAAAUUUAAGCCGAAACUCUUAAUGCGAUAAGUACAAAUACAAAACGUGCGGGCGUGGAACUGGCUUUCCUUACAUUGAGACUAUGAUUUUCCUUUCCAUCAACGUGGCGUUCGAACGAGGCAUUUAUAUACAAGUUCGAACCUCUCGAAGUAAGGAAGGACUUUUCACGCCCGGCGACCUCGGAAUACGUAGACUUUAAAGUCGAUUUUACUCGCGAUCGAGUGCCGAGAGAUGCGAAUGCGCGCGCGCGCGCGCGCGAGCGACUGAGGUAGGUUUAAUAAAACGAAGGAAGAAAGGUAAAACGUGUGCGAAUUUGGAACUAUAUCCGCGGGCCUGGAGUGAGCUAGGAGAAUAGUGAAAAUUGUCGAGCGACGACAUAUCAAAAGACUCUUGCGCGAUUCGUUUCAUUUCACGCGAGCAGUGUAUUUAGUUGCGUUUUGCGACCGAUAAAGAAAAAUAUUCGAAUCGUCGUAUUUCGCUGCAAUUUUUCAUCUUACUUCUCAACAUGCGAAUACUAGGAUGGAAAUCAUUUCUAUCGCGUUUUAUACUACCAACAAUAAACAGCUGGUACGAUUUUCGAAUAUUUCUUCAACCACGCAAUGCCGAAAAUUUUAUUUAUCGCGCUUGUACAAAGAUUUUAGUUAUAGUAGUCGAUACAAUCGCAGCGCUUAGAAACCCAUCAGUUUCAUAAGCAACAGCUGUUCGUUCUGUUGCUAAAUGAUUCAGUAGCAAUGAUUUAGAGUUUUAAAAAGUUGUGUUGCAAUGAUACUAUACCUUGUACAUAUACAUUACGAUUUCAUAUUUUUCUAUGUUAGCAGAGUGUUUGAUUUUGUUAAAAGUAAAUAGUUAAGUAAUCGUAAAUAGUUAAUAAUACUUUUAAUCGAUGCAAAUUUAAGAUUACAACAUUGUAAUAAGCAGAGUCUACACUCUACAUACACACCGUAACAGUUCAAAACAAAACGUAUUCGAACCUUCUUAUACAUAGAUGUGCACUUUUACGAUUACGAUUAUACGCGCGAGUAAUUUUGAAAGUAUACAUUUUACAGUUUUUCUUUAAAUGCUUUACAUCACGCACUCCCAAGUAUAAUGCAUUCAUAUAAUAGUAUUAAAUAGCUUCGAUGAAGCGAAGAAGCUGUUUUCGUGAUGAAAACAUUCGCGUCGGACCAAAUUCUAUAUGAUAGCUGUAGAGAUCAAGCGCCUUUCAUGACACACACACACGCAUACACACACACACACGCAUAUCCAUCAGCGCAAUGCUAAUAAUUGCUGAAUCCUGCGUCAGAUUUUGCAGAUACGCUUUAAGAAUAGCCAGAUACUUAGAAUGAGUGCAGAGGUAACGAUUCUUUCGAUUCGUUUCAGUCCACCCGAAUGCUAAAUAAAAUUUUGUUAUACAAAGCGUCUAAAAAACAAAAAUUAUUAUCUUUAUUUAUGAUUAUUGUUAAGUAUCGUCAUUGUCAUCUCAGUCUUUCACGAAAGGAGCGAUAAUACAUUUUUGAAGCACGAAUGUACUUAAUUUCAGCUGUUGAUUAAGAUAUGAAAAUAUUUUUAAUUUAUAAUAAAUCGUUUAAAUAAUAAACUCUGAAGAUCAAUUGCUCUAAUAUCGCUGCCACCGCGUCGGUAAUGCCUACAGACGAUGAUCAUAUAUUUCGCAAUCCCACACAAGCACUAUUAAGUAUUCAUUGAUAAUAAUAAUGUUUUAAUGCCUUCCCACGCUUAUGCGCAAGCAACGAUGUUCUCAACUAAAUAAUGUGAAUUACUGUUGCUCGACGUUCUAUACUGCAAAUUGUUAUUUACAGCGUUUAUAUUAUUUAAAAUUUCUAUCAAAAAAUAAAAGUUUCAAUGAUGAUAUACGUAAAACAGUUUUACAUUAACAUCUAUAUGUACGUGUAUUUAACAUAUUAUAAAGACGCGAGCUUUUUAGUACGUAAAACAUUUUCCAAUAAACUAUUAAUUUUUAAGUAUAUAGUAGAUAGAGCUUAGCUAUACACGACUUCAAUUAUAUUUAUAUACUUGAUUGUAACUGUUGAUACGUGCGCGCGAGAAAAAGAGCGACGAUGCGAAAGAGAGUGUAUAUUAUAUUAUAGAUAUGAACGUUUGUUUUUUAUAUAGAGACGAAGCAGAACGAGGGAGUAUGACGAUGCGUGCGCGUGAGGAAACAUGUUUCAUUGCGCUCGUUUUGUUUUACAAUCGCAUUAUUGUAAAUAAAAUGAAUAUAAAACAAUAUAAAAUUCUGAAUUCUAA